CACACUCCCACACAAUUGCUCGCAAUCCUCCCAAAUUCUCGAGAUCGCCAGUUGCCGACGCGCGUGAAGUCAACCCCCCGAUACGCCUUGCUGAGCAGCCCCCCCUCAGCCCCUUGACGAACUCUCCCCAGCGGCUCUCCGUCCGAACCGAAUCCGCAGUACCGCGAUCAUGGCCGACUCAACAAAGGACACGCCGUUCAAGACGGUUCAGGUCGAGGCUCUUGUCGUCAUCAAGAUUGUCAAGCACUGCUCGACCAGCUUCCCCACUACUGCCACUGGUUCCCUGGUUGGCAUGGACCGCGAUGGCGUCCUCGAGAUUACAAACACCUUUGCCUUCCCCACCGCCGACGUGGCCCACGCCGAGGGCAGCAGCAGCCACCAGAACGACCCGUCCUCCCUCGCCGCUGCCGCGCCCCGGGCCAAGGCCAACAUUGUGUACCAGAACGACAUGAUCCGCCACCUCAAGGAGGUCAACGUCGAUGCCAACAACGUCGGCUGGUACACGAGCGCCACCAUGGGCAACUUUGUCAACUCGUCCUUCAUCGAGAACCAGUACCACUACCAGCGCGAGAACGAGCAGACCGUCGCCCUGGUCCACGACGUCAGCCGCAGCUCCCAAGGCGCUCUUAGCCUGCGCGCCUUCCGCCUGUCCUCGGCCUUCAUGACUGCCUACAAGGAGGCCAAGUUCACCACCGAGAGCCUCCAGAAGUCCAAGUUGACCUUCAAGGACAUCAUUGUCGAGGUGCCGAUCAACGUCCACAACUCCCACCUCCUCACCACCUUCCUGCACCAGCUUCCCGCCGUGCCCACCGCCACACAGCCCAAGCUGCCCAACUCUGUCGCCGAUCUCCUCAGAAACCCCGUCCCGGCGCCUCUCCACCCCUCGACAGACAACCUCGACCUGGCGAUAGACCCUUUCCUCGAGAAGACAUGCGACCUCCUGCUCGAGAGCAUCGAGUCGCACUACACCGAGCUCAACAACCACCAGUACUACCAGAGACAGCUCGGCCGCGAGCAGGCCAAGAUCACUGCCUGGCAAACAAAGCGCAAGGCCGAGAACGCUGCCCGCGCCGCCGCGAAGCAGGCGCCCCUGCCCGAGGACGAGUGGCAAAGGCUUUUCAAGCUGCCCCAGGAGCCGAGCAGGCUCGAGGGCAUGCUCAACGCCAAGCAGGUCGAGCAGUACAGCAAGCAGGUCGAUGGCUUCACUGCUGCUGUCAGUGCCAAGAUGUUCGCCGUCCGCGGCAACCUGCUGCCCGAAUAAGCAUUUUUACGAGCGACGUUGAUUCUUAUAGAACGAAAGGACACACACACACACACACACACACAAAGCCGUGUCUUUACGACGGAAAAAGUUGAAUUGCAUUCUGGCUGGCGUUAAGGCGGACAUGGGAU